AUGAACCAAAACAGUAUUGCUGUGCAGAAUGACAAAUUGAACAUUGGCCCUCGCAUAAACUGGAUUGCCAAGUCCCUAUGGCAAACGAUGACUGGGAGCCAGACUGGUGCAGAGAAGGACGGGACACUCUUCCAUGCCGAUCGUACCUGGCCUAUGCCAGACUUCACAGAUCCUUUCACCGGCUGGGACCUCCUACAAGUUGUCAAUGGAGCUUACACCGCGGGUCACACUGCGAAGAAUUAUCUGUACCAGACUAUACGGCAAGCUCUUGGAAAGCGAGACAUUCGACUCAAGCUUCUUUGCCUCGAAGCGGAGAAACUGCCUGAAUAUCCCGACCCGUCCGGUCGCCGUCGGAAUGUCGACCGAAUUGAGGUAACUCGGCUCGAUAAAGGUGACGGGGACCGUAUUGCUUCGCAUAGGAAGCAGGUAGGGCCUAUGAUAGAGCUUCUGCGGGAGCAGAAGAAGAAGCUGGCUAAGGGGGUUGAGCGGUGGUGUCAGGAACGGGGUGUUUAG